CGUCACUUCCGGUAUCACCUGUGUGGUUACCGGGAGCCGUAAACAAGGUGUGCAAGCAUCCGGAGAGCUGUCGGGAUGCAGCAGAAUGGAGCUGCUGGAGGCCGUAGCUGCGCUCUGUUCCCACUGCUGGGCGUCUUGUUCUUCCAGGGUGUUCAAGUUGUCCUUUCCUUGGAGAUUAAAGCAGAUGCCCACGUCCGGGGUUAUGUAGGAGAGAAGAUCAAGUUGAAAUGCACCUUCAAGUCGACUUCAUCUGUCACUGACAAACUCACCAUAGACUGGACCUACCGACCCCCCAGCAGCAGUCGUACAGAAUCAAUUUUUCAUUAUCAGUCCUUCCAGUACCCAACCACAGCAGGUACAUUUCGGGAUCGAAUUUCCUGGGUUGGAGAUGUAUACAAAGGGGAUGCAUCUAUAAGCAUAAGCAGCCCUACCCUAAAGGACAAUGGGACAUUCACCUGUGCUGUGAAGAAUCCCCCAGAUGUGCACCAUAAUAUUCCUGUGACGGAGCUAACAGUCACAGAAAGGGGUUUUGGCACCAUGCUCUCCUCAGUGGCGCUCCUCUCUGUCCUUGUCUUCCUGCCCUCAGCCGUGGUGGUGGUUUUGCUGCUUGUGAGGAUGGUGAGGAAGUCUGCGGGGCUGCAGAAGAUGAGCAAGUCUGGCUAUAAGAAGUCGUCUAUUGAGGUUUCAGAUGACACAGACCAAGAGGAGGGGGAUGACUGCAUGGCGAGGCUUUGUGUUCGUUGUGCUGAGUGCCUGGACUCAGACUAUGAAGAGACAUAUUGAUGAAAGUCUUCAUGAUACAAGAAGAGUCACCUGCUAGCAGAACAUGUCCCGUUCCACUGGCAGCUAAAGCCUCUCAGAAGCGGAGCUGGCUUGGAUGGCAGUGCUGGAGGAUUCUGGAAGUCAUCAGGAGAGACUUCAGGAACCAUUUAUUUAUUGAAGAAAUGUUCUUUUUAUAUUUAUAAACUGAUUAAGAGCUCUCAGAAGAAACUCAUAACUACCCCUUUUAAUAACUUAUGCUCUAGUUGAAUGGAGUUCUCUUCCUGAAUUGAAAGAUACUUUUUGUUUCCCCUGUGUUUUUGAAUGUAUUACAUGUUUUCUUCCAGUUAUUUGAGGGGAAUCCUAAACGUUGGCCACACCAUGGAUGCCAAAAUACCUUGAAAAAAUGAAAUGGAGCUCGUAGCUUCCUGAUGUGCUACAAGAUGAAAUGUUUGUUGGGGAUAAGUGUCCUUUGUUAUUUGCUCCAUGAACGUUUUCAGCUAUGAAUCAGCAAAGAGCAUAUACUCCUUGGUUUCAUGACACCAUCAAUUGUGUUUGGGUGACUUGGAACCCUAAUUUCCAUAGAGUUGGCAGGGCCAGGAGUCCAUAGUUUGCUUUGACUGUGUUUUUAAAGUAUUAAAAUGUCAUCAAUUUAUAAUUAAGGAAGGGAAUGGCGACCUAAAGGGAUCGCUUUCUUUUGUCUUGCUAGGUGCAGUUUGUUACCUUACUCUCUUAUAGCUGACUGAUGAGUGGUUUCCUUCUUGAUGUCCCAGAUCAGAGGCAAGAAAAACUCUUUGUAAGGUUUUUAGUGGGGAAUGUAGAGAAUAUUUUCUCAGUUAUUUGCAAUAUUCUUUUUUAACAAAUGCCAUUCCGGAGUUCAAAUGUUGGAUUGGCUUUAAUGAGGCUUCUAUUUAUAGGAAAUAAUCUUUUUGACCUGAGUCAUUCUUCAGAACUUUUUUGUGUUCUAAAAUGUGCCAAAUAUGAGUGAGCUAAGGUAUUUACAGUUUUUGCAUAAUAUUUGACAUAAGGAAGUGAGAUGGUACAUAACCUUUACUUCUCAUUUCUGUUCUCUGAUACCUUAUAUCGACUUCCUCCAUUUUCCCACAGCAAAUGAUUUCCAAUUUUAAUUUACAUGGGAUUUUCUAUAAGCCAUUAAGAAAUAUGCAUGACAUGUCCAGAAGGAUCGACAGUGUAGUCCUCUGUAAAACAGUGGUAGAGUUUACUUCUCAAUUAUGAGAGACAAAAAUUUUCCCCUCGUCCAUUGCUGUUUUUUUCAACAGGGGAGUCCGUGAUUCCUCACUAGGUGGCUCAGGAGGCUUCCAUAUUACAGCAAAUACACCGUACACAUUAUACAAAAAAAAUCACUUCCCCAGGAUUUAUUUUUAAAAAUUUGGGUUAUUAGUGCUGGAAGUCAUCAGUAAAAACUUGAAAAAAUAUGACAUAGGUUUGGCCUGGCCUCUUUUGUCAAUCUAGUCCAUACAUAAGAGGGUCUGGUUAGUUAAUUAGAAAUUAUGCUUUUUGUCUGGUUAUGUAAGGAAGUGGAAGAGGAAAAGGCACAUUGACAGUUUAUUUCCAGUGUUUAAGCCUCAGAGUCUUGAGCUGCUUGGGCUCGUCUGGGGCCGGGCUAGUGAGACAGUCUGACACCUCAGCUGGGAGGGGAAAACAUGUUUGAGCAACGAGAGUUGCCCCAAACUCUGGGCUCUAGAUUUGAAGAUAGAGAUCUAACUGUGAGGCAGACUUGUGGGUCCUCAUGUCUCUGAGAAAGAGAUGAUGCUAUGGGAACCCAGCUAAAACCACAUUUCCUGAAUUGAGGAACUGGUUUUACCUUGGUUUUCUUGUAAUUUCCUUUCAGGCAUGUUGUGAGGAUUAAUCCAGGCUAGUAUGUUUGUCCCUUUAGGUAGAUGGUGCUGUGUGGAUACUUGGUCAUUGUUAUUUUGUAGCCUUGAUCAUGAUUUGAACAAGUCCCUUUCUUCUUAAGUAACUGAACAGUAGCAUCCUUCACGGGAAUAGAGUAAGCUGAUUAGUUCGUCUGCUCCAUGACUUUUUUAAAAGGUCACAUCAGUCCUAAGGCUGCUCUCAGUGUCCUUGCUCGUCUCUCAUCCUGAGUCUGGCUUACAGCCUUACGGCUUUAUUUUCUUUUCCUUUCUUUCUUUCUCUUUCUCCCAAAGGAGCAAAAAGCAGUAUUUGGAUACCUGCCUUCUUUAAGGAUGGAAAGAAGAUAAAGUUGGUUUUCUUUUUUUUAACUUUUUAAAUAUCUUCUCGGGUGCUAUUCUCUCUCUUUUUCUUCUUGCUGCUCUGGAUGCAGAGCACACUGUCUGAGGACCAGCCUUGUCUAGAAAGGAAAUUUAAUUCUGAAAGCUUCAGACAGGGUGAAAAGCCUUUCAGAAUUUUUCUUCGGCUGCUGAAGGCUUUACCCGUGGUGACAUUACCUUGUAAGUUUUGCGUAUUGAGCUCUUAAUUCUGUUACCAAAUGUGAAUUUAUAAAAUGCUUUGUGUUUUCCAUGUGGCCUGUUACCCCAGGCUUCUUGGAGAAUGUCUUAGUUCUCUGCAGCUCCCAAACUGUGUACUGGUGCUUCAAGAGGGAAUGUUCUAUGUCCCUGUGUAAAAAAACUGUUGGAGGCCAAAUCCCGAAUCUGAAUGUUCUAUUGUGUCACUCUGUUAUGGUUCCAAAUGAGAGGCAUAAGAAAACCCACAGGGAGUGGACCAAGCCUGUCACGUCAUCGCACUACUGGGGACUUCGCUGCCAGAAGAGGCAGCUCCAUUCCUUUGACCCCUGUGUUGGAAUGCUGAACUGUUAGCAGCUGCAUUUCAUUGCAUUUUUUGUGUUUGUUUUUUUGUAGGAGCGCGUGCACUGUUGGGCCAUGUGCACAGACCUCGUGACUCUUGAGAUCUUUACCACAUCACAAUUAAUAAACUGCUUUGCACUUUCUGGCUA